CCCCGUGAUUGAAACGCACGGUUUAUACCUCGAGGUGGAGACAUGACGUCUCGAGUCCUCCUCCUCGCCCUCGCCCUCGCCAUCUCGUCUCUCCUCCUCGCCCAUGCCGUCGUCGCCUCCGCCCCCCUGGGAGGCGCCGGUCUGGACCUCGACGAGGAGGACCUCAGCUUCCUCGAGGAGGAGGAGGGAGUCGCCGUCAGCCAUGAAGACAAGGACUCCGGGGACCACGCCGACGACUCGUACUCGGACACCGAUGAGUCCGAGUACGACGACCAGGAUCAGGACGAGGCCUUCGAUGACCUCGGCCACGGAUCGCACAACGCGGUGCCCACAAUCGAUGAGACGGACGUCGUGGUGCUCACUGACGGCAACUUCAGCGACUUCCUGGAGAAGCACCGCCACGUGAUGGUCGAGUUCUACGCGCCGUGGUGCGGGCACUGCCAGGCCCUCGCGCCGGAGUACGCAGCCGCCGCCACGGCCCUCCGGGGGGAGGACGUGGUGCUUGCCAAGGUGGACGCCACGGAGGAGAACGAGCUCGCUCAGCGCUUCGAGGUGCAGGGGUUCCCCACCGUUCUGUUCUUCGUCGACGGUGUCCACAGGGACUACCCCGGCCAGAGGAGUAGGGAUGCAAUUGUCACCUGGAUCAAGAAGAAGAUAGGACCUGGAGUUGAAAAUAUAACAAAAGUUGAUGAGGCAGAAAAGAUCCUGACUUCUGAAAGCAAAGUGGUUUUGGGCUUUCUGGACUCUUUGGUGGGUGAUGAAAGUCAGGAGCUUUCUGCUGCUUCAAAACUUGAAGAUGGUGUCAACUUCUACCAAACUGUCAAUCCUGAUGUUGCAAAGCUUUUUCACAUUGAUCCCAGUGCUAAACGUCCCUCUGUGGUGUUGUUGAAGAAGGAGGCAGAAAAGAUAUCCUACUUUGAUGGUCAAUUCAGUAAGUCAGCAAUUGUUGAUUUUGUGUUUGCCAACAAGCUUCCCUUGGUCACUCCAUUUACAAGGGAAUCUGCCCCAGAAAUAUUUGAAAAUCCCAUUAAAAAACAGCUUUUGCUCUUUGCUGUCUCAAAUGAUACCAGAAAGGUCAUGCCAGCAUUCCAGGAGGCUGCAAAAUUCUUUAAGGGAAAGCUUAUAUUUGUAUAUGUGGAGAUGGACAAUGAGGAUGUUGGUAAACCAGUUUCAGAUUACUUUGGAGUCACUGGAGAUGAUCCACAGGUUUUGGCAUACACAGGAAAUGAAGAUGCUAAGAAGUUUAUUCUUGAGGGUGAAGUCACACUUGAUGCUGUUAAGAAAUUUGCUGAGGGUUUUUUGGAAGACACGCUUAAGCCCUUCUACAAAUCGGAUCCGUUACCUGAGACAAAUGAUGGGGAUGUGAAAAUCAUUGUUGGAAAUAAUUUUGAUGAGAUUGUUUUGGAUGAAUCAAAGGAUGUUCUUCUUGAGAUAUAUGCGCCAUGGUGUGGGCAUUGCCAAGCAUUAGAGCCAACAUACAACAAGCUUGCCAAACAUCUUCGGGGCAUUGAGUCUCUAGUGAUAGCGAAAAUGGAUGGUACCACAAAUGAGCACCCUCGGGCCAAGGCUGAUGGUUUCCCUACACUUCUUUUCUUUCCAGCUGGAAACAAGAGUUUUGAACCGAUCACAGUGGAUGCAGAUAGAACAGUGAAGGCAUUCUACAAUUUCAUUAAGAAGCAUGCAUCGAUCCCAUUCAAGCUCCAGAGGCCGGCAUCAGUCCUGAAAACUGAGGCCUCUGAUGGAUCUGCUUCUGCUGGUGAGAAAAGUGGCGGUGCGGAUGUCAAAGAUGAAUUGUAAGUCCUUCGAGUUGCUCAAACACAGUAAUUUCGUCCUGCAGUUAGUUCAGCGUGAAAAAUCUUGUAACUUAAGAUUUUGGCAUAAUGUGUCAGUCAUAUGUAAAAGUAGGCUUCAAAUUACAAAGAAUAAUGGACUCUCUUCUUAUAAAGCCCCCCUUUCUCGA